AUGGUCAGGCUCUGCCAGGCCCUGCUGCUGCUGGUGGCCACUGUGGCCCUUGUGUCCAGAGGAGUCCAUGCCUGGGGCUCAGUGAAGAUGGUGAGGACAUUCCAAGAUAUCCCUGAAAACUACGUCUAUGUGCAGCAGGCACUCUGGUUCGCCAUGAAGGAGUACAACAAGGCCAGCAGGGACAAGUUCAGCUUUAGGGUGCUGAAGGUUCUAAAGAGCCAGGAGCAGGUGACAGAUAGUUUGGAGUACUAUAUUGAGGUCAAAAUUGCCCGAACAAUUUGCAAGAAAAUUUCAGGAGAUGAAAACUGUGCAUUUCAAAAGGAUCCCAAAAUGCAAAAGAUGGUUUUUUGUACCUUUAUUGUUGCAUCCAAACCAUGGAAAUUUGAACUCACCAUGCUGAAGAAACACUGCAAAGAUAUGUAGGGAUCUUCCAGAGUGUUCUGCCAUGCUCAUUUCCAUUUUAAAGAGGAAGAAAAGACACUUGUAAGAACUGGAACAACACAGUUAACCCAUUGAUCUCAUUUGUUUGGCCUUUUUGCUUUGUGUUCUUCGUGGGCUGAUGUUGAAAAUUUUGGUGUGUUUUGACAGCAUUGCACAGCCUAUUCUAGCUGGAUACUUCACCUACUAGCUGGGAUAAUCUGCUACCAAUAAAUGGAAGCUGUUUCUACACCUCACCCAACCCUGAGUACGAAUUACCUUUCACUGACAGCUCUUUCUAGAUAACCAGAGAACCCAGCCCUCAAUUGCUUCAAUCAUGCUGGGCACUUUCUGUAAGGCUCUGAGAGUCUGGCUGUCUUGGGAGUUUCCGUCCAUGGAUUUCUGUAGAAAUCUCCCUUCCCAGGACUUUUGGGAAGACACAUCCUGUUGGCUUAGAAACAUCUACUUUUAAACAGAUCCAACCAGAGAGACAGUAGGAUCAUUUGGAGAUUUUCAUUGGUUUUGAGUUGAGGCAGAAAAGUUAAUGGUGUAGGGAGAGAAGACUGCAUAUGUGUGUG